CGCCUUUGCGCACAAACACACGGCGCUGCUUCUCUGAGUACAGCGGGCGUGUCCGCUUUUGAAUGACUUCGGACAAACUUUUUCGCCCUUUUAAACUUCCAUAGAAGUGUGCUGUGCGCUCCUCGGCGAAGCAGACGAGCGUUCGUAUGUUCACGCAAGGAACACCUUUUAAAUUCCGUAUAUUGACAGGAGCCAAUUGCAGGAACGAGUCGGGGACCAGCAACAAGUAGUCUUCAGAUUGUUUUGCACGGAGGAUGAUUUAACUGUACGAACAAGGAGUCCGUGCUGAAAGCGGAGAGGGGUAGAGGGGAGGAGAGCAGGAGCUGAGAGCGCAAGUACCGAACACCAACUGGAAACAUGGGCGAGGAGGGACCCCCCAGCCUGGAGUACAUUCAGGCUAAGGACCUGUUCCCCCCGAAGGAGCUGGUGAAGGAAGAGGAGAGUCUGCAGGUGCCAUUUCCAGUUCUUCAGGGGGAAGGGGUCGAGUACAUUGGUCGCUCCGACGACGGCAUCAUCGCCAUAUCCAACUACAGGCUUCACAUUAAAUUCAAGGAUUCUAUCAUCAAUACCUACCCUGGGGUGGACGAUGAGAUUUCAGUCCCUCUCCGCCUGAUCGAGAGCGUGGAGAGCAGGGGCAUGUUCCAGCUGCACGUCGUCUGCAAGGACUCCAAAGUGGUCAGGUGCCACUUCUCCACCUUCAAGCAGUGCGAGGAGUGGCUGAAGAGGCUGAACCGCGCGGUGGCCUACCCCACCCGGCUGGAGGACCUGUUCGCCCUGGCCUACCACGCCUGGUGCCUGGGCGGGAGCGCGGACGACGAGGACCAGCACGUGCACCUGUGCCGUCCAGGUGACCAUGUGAGACAGAGAAUGGCGAUGGAGGUGCUGAGGAUGGGCUAUGACAUGCAGAACGCUUGGAGAGUGUCUGACAUUAACAGCAACUACAAACUGUGCUCCAGCUACCCACAGAAGCUGCUGGUGCCAGUAUGGAUCACCGACAAGGAGCUGGAGAGCGUGGCUUCCUUCCGGUCCUGGAAGAGGAUUCCUGUUGUGGUGUACAGGCACCAGCGCAACGGGGCGGUGAUCGCGCGCUGCAGCCAGCCCGAGAUCAGCUGGUGGGGCUGGAGGAACAAGGAGGACGAGUACCUGGUGACCUCCAUCGCCAAGGCCUGCCUGCUGGACCCCGGCACCCGCUCCGUCUGCAGGCCCCGCGGGGAGGGCGGGGACAACUCCGACAGCGACUUCGACUCGUCUCUGACCGUCUGCCCGAGCCCCGAUGGCAGCGGCUCGCCUCAGAAGCUCCUCAUCCUGGACGCCCGCUCCUACACCGCCGCCGUGGCCAACCGCGCCAAGGGGGGCGGCUGCGAGUGCGAAGAAUACUACCCCAACUGCGAGGUGAUGUUCAUGGGCAUGGCCAACAUCCACUCCAUCAGGAACAGCUUCCAGUCCCUGAGAGCCGUCUGCAGCCAGAUCCCGGACCCUGGAAACUGGCUGUCUGCCCUGGAAAGCACCCGUUGGCUGCAGCACCUGUCAGUCAUGCUGAAGGCAGCCACUCUGGUGUGCUCUGCGGUGGAGAGGGAGGGCCGGCCCGUGCUGGUGCACUGCUCCGACGGCUGGGACCGCACCCCUCAGAUAGUGGCCCUGGCCAAAAUCCUACUGGAUCCCUACUAUAGGACAAUGGAGGGCUUUCAGGUGCUGGUGGAGACGGAGUGGCUGGACUACGGGCACAAGUUCGGGGACCGCUGCGGUCACCAGGAGAACGCGGACGACGUCAGCGAGCAGUGCCCCGUCUUCCUGCAGUGGCUGGACUGCGUGCACCAGCUCCUCAAACAGUUCCCCUGCCUCUUCGAGUUCAACGAGGCCUUCCUGGUGAAACUGGUGCAGCACACCUACUCCUGUCUGUACGGCACCUUCCUGUGCAACAACGCCAAGGAGAGAGAGGCACGGAACGUCUACAAGCGCACCUGCUCUGUCUGGUCCCUGCUCCGCGCUGGCAACAAGAACUUCCAGAACUUUCUGUACAUCCCCAGCCAUGACAUGGUUCUGCAGCCGGUGUGCCACACCCGGGCGCUGCAGCUGUGGACAGCGGUCUACCUGCCCACCUCCUCCCCCUGCACUGCUGCCGAUGACUCCAUGGAGCUCUACCUGUCCCCGUCCACCCAGGGGGAGGAGCUCACCUCUCGCUCGCUUGAUAGGCUUCCCAAGACGCGCUCAAUGGACAACCUGGUCUCUGCCUGUGAGAACGGGGUGCCCUUAACCCGCACCUCCAGUGACCCCAACCUCAACAAGCACUGCCAAGAGGACAGGCCUGCUCUCGAACCCGCGCCAGGCGUGGGAGGGGGCACAGCGGACGGCCCAGAGAAGGCCGCAACAGAGACUGAAGGGUACAGCCAGGGCCCGGGGGUGGAGACUUUCACCCAGGCCCCUCCCACUGACCUCGAGGAGGAGGGGCUAAGCAGCGAGAACUGCAUCACCUUAAAGGAGCCCUGUCUGACCACCCAGCCCCUGCCCUCGCUGCACUGCGCCUCCCCGCUGGAGGCGGCUGACCCCGCCCCCGUCCUCCCCCUGGCCCCGCCCCUGGCAAACGGCCACGCCUUCCCGAUCCCGCCCCCUUUGCUGGGAGCGGAGGCGGAGUCCCGGACUGCCGACCGCACCCCUUCCCCCAACGCGGACGCUCACAUCCUCACCGUCUGCAACGGCCCCCCGGCGGGCGGCAGGGACCGCCCGACGGCCCCGCCCACGGCCGUGGAGCUGCUGACCUUCAAGAACCUGUCCCCGGCGUCCCCUGCGGAGGACUCCGCCCGGACGCCGGCGGAGCAGAGAGCCAAGCCGCCGCACGUCAAAGCAGCGCGCCCGGCCGCCGCGGACGAAGAGCGGGAGGAGGAGGAGGACCGGGAGGACGAGGAGGAGGAGGAGGAAGAGGACGCGGAGGAAGAGGAGGAGGAGGAGGAGGGGCGCUCGGGCCGCGCCCACCCCGACGGCGGGCGGGUGGCGCGGAGGCUGCAGUGCCAGAGGCAGCUGGGCGAGCUGGGCCUGCUGGGCUCUCGCUGGGAGAGCAUGCAGGGCCUGGUGCAGUCGGCCUGCGGGGCCUUCCAGCCCGGCUCCCAGGGCCGGCGGCUGGCGGGCAGGCUGCUGCGCGCCCAGGGCAUGGCGCCCAGCGGGCAGUGCUGCCGCCGGGAGAGCGCCCGCCCCCCCGCCUGCAGCCCCGUCCACGCCGGCUGGCUGUCGGCCGUGCGAAGCUCCGCCCUCUGCUCGUCCCGGCUGCUGGCGGCCCCGCCCCCCUCCUCGUCCUCCUCCUCCUCCUCGCCGCCGCCGCCGCCGGCGCCGCAGCAGCAGCCCGCCCCCGCCUACCUGGACGACGACGGGCUGCCGGUCGCCAUGGACGCGGUGCAGCAGCGUCUGCGGCAGAUCGAGGCGGGGUACAAGCAGGAGGUGGAGGUGCUGCGCAGGCAGGUGCGCCAGCUGCAGAUGAGGCUGGAGAGCAAGCAGUACUGCACCCCCCCCUCCGAGCCCGACGUGGACUACGAGGAUGACAUCACCUGCCUGCGGGAGUCGGACGACAGCGAGGAGGAGGACUCCCUGUCGGACCGUAGCGAGGACCGCUUCUCGGAGGGCAGCUGGGACCGGGUGGAGCGGAAGGACACAGAGGUCAGCGUCCCUGAGUGCCUCCUCCAGGUGACCCGCUGGGUUCCCGAUCACAUGGCCUCACACUGCUUCAGCUGCGACUGCGAGUUCUGGAUAGUCAAGCGACGUCAUCACUGCAGGAACUGCGGCAACGUGUUCUGCAAGGACUGCUGCCACCUGAAGCUGCCCAUCCCGGAUCAGCAGCUGUACGACCCCGUGCUGGUGUGCAACUCCUGCCACGAGCUGCUGCUGGAGUCGCGCACGCGCGAGAUGCGCAGCCAGCAGCUGAAGAAGCCCAUCGCCACCGCCUCCAGCUGAGAGCCCCGCCCUCCCCUGCCCUGGCCGGCCCCGCCCCUCGACCGGCGCCGCUUCUCCACACUCCGCUUUCCAGCCGACGAGCCGGGCCUCUUCACCACCGACGCGCCCACCCCCCCCCCCCACCUCCCACCCCCCACACCCACACCCCACACCCCCGCCUCUUCAUCGGUCUCGGCUGCGGGUGAGAGGACCGCGUUUUCCGGAGCCAAAGCUUGCGGCGGGCCCCGAGAGCGACGUGGAGGGAGAGAAGACGGACGGACGAAAGGAGGGAGGGAGGAAAAGGAGGAGAGUAGGAAGCAGAGGGUUCGGAGGGGUCGGAUCCCUGACCAAGCGGAGCCCCUCGGACUAUCUUUCUCUGCGGUGAGGCCUCAGCGUCCCGCUGCUGUGCUGGUGAGAGGGUGCUGCUGGACGCCCCGGGCCCCCCCCCCCCCCCCCCAGUCCAGCACUCAGACCUAUGCACCCUGAACUCUGCGUCCUGUCACACGCCACCUACAGACAAUCUCGUCUACCGGACUGUGGGGACUCCCAGGCCCUGGAUCUGUGUGUUGGAGGCUCUCUAUUUAAAAUGCUGCUACAGUAUUUGAGAUUUAUUUUUCAUUUUGUGCACUACAAAGCCGUUUGUAUAUUUUGAGGGAAUUGGAGACCAAGCCGGGCGGAGAGGAAGGGAGAACUCUGCCGUGGUCGUCUGUUGUAUCUUCUUGUGGGCCGCGACUGUUGCCGGAAUGUAAUGUUCGAAAUGAGAGAGUGAGCCAGAGAGAGAGAGAGAGAUGCAAUGUUCAGAGGGAAGGAAAGAGAGAGAGAACCAACAAACAAACAAACUGGAAAGCCGAUACGGUUUAUGUUCAUGUGCGUAGAUUGGUUGUGUACUUGUCUGUUCUUGCAGUGUAUUUUAAAUAUCACAGUUAUGCAGUUCUGUGUCUUUCAAACGCUAACCUGAAUAUAGCAUUGUUGUGAUGUUCCUCAGUUUGGGAAUGCAGUAAGGGCCCCAUGCCCUUUUAUCAGUUUACCUGUCUUUUUUUUUUGGAGAAAAAAGCUGAACUGAACAACCUGUCAGAAAAAAAUGAAUUCAAACUGUUCAGGUAAGCCAACAAGCCAUCUUUUUUCUUCCCCCCCCCCCCUCCCCUCCCCCAGAUGGAACAUCGUUCCUAGCCACACUGCACAUUCGACUUAUGAUAGGAUAGGUCCUCACUUAUGGAAAUUAACAUUCUAGAGCAGAACGGAUGUUCUACGAACAUGAGCGAAAAAUAUUUCGGAGAAAUGAACGUUCAAAGUACGGCGUUUGGGAGAGUUCACGUGAGUGUGCAGUAAUUGUCUUUCUACAUCAUGGUUGUGUCCCUGUGUAUGGAGUCCUUUCUCAAAACAUCUUUUAAACAUUACAUGAUGGCUAGGAAGCCCCAUAAGAACGUACAAAAGUACAUCGAAAUUCUUUUUUUUUUUGGUCGUGAUUCCCGCACACCGUUCUCUUGAAAGGGUAUGUGUUAUUGUUGGAUGGUGUUCCUCAAAAAAAAAAAAAAGAAAUAGUGCCAUUUUUUGUUGUUAAAAUUUUCUUUUUGUACUUUUUUCAUGGAUUGCAUCCAGGUAACUAAUUGGAACUGCUUGAUAAGGUAACGGUACAAAUAGCUAGCUGCUUAACGAGAAGGAUUUUUUUUUUUUUUUCCAUAAGCUCGACAGGGAAAUUUAAAUUAGAUUAAAGUUUCAGAAAUAAAAAGACUGUGAAAAUUGAAUUAAUUAGCAGGCCUUCUCUGUUGCCUAAUGUUUCGGGUCUGUCUUUCAGUGGUGUUGAUGAAGGCAAAAAAGAACCCAGAAAUGUAAUAUAUCUAGUAAUCCAAUCUGUACUAGUGGCUAAAACUGUCACCUAGUGAAUACUUGUUGUAAAGAAUUGCACUGUACAAGUGAAAUCCCAUGGGUUAAAUAAAAAAAAGAUCUAUAUAUCUAUAUCAGG